UGAGCAGAAGGGCAGCGUCGGAAAAGAGAAGCGGCAGCGACUGAGGCGACUGGCGAGCGCAUGAACGUGAGUUUUGCAGUUCUUUGAGUGCGUGCCUGAAGGUUGGAGUGAAGAUUUCGAGUCCUAGUCCCGCCGCAGUAAGUGGGUCAGAAUUGGAGCUGUUCGAUUAGGCCAAACAGAAAACAGGCGCAACCGAGGAGUGCAGCUGGAACACGCCGCCAAUCAGGAAAAGUGCACGAGGGUGGUACCGAGAGUAAAAGAGCUUCGCCCGAAAACGCCUGGAAAAUGUAAACAAUUUGUAAACACAACGACGACAAGCGAUUUCCAAAGAUUUUGCUUAGCUUUUUAUAUCGACCAAACACUCAAAUGAUAAACGAAUAAGAACGGGCGACUAAAUCAAACUGAAGCGGUGUGACGACUAUGGGAUACCCUAGGACCGCGUAGAGUGCCUGAAAUUGACAACGGAAAAGCGCCACUCCAUCGACUGCCGCCUAGUGCUAUAGAAACGUGAUCUCACCACUCUUAUGAUGGAACUCUUGUCAAACAAUUCGGUUCCGCAACAAAUGGCCAGCAGCAAUGCGCCGAGCGCCAACGGCGUGGCCAACUCCUCGACGGCCAACGGAAGUGGCGGCGGCAGUGUGAGCAGCAAUGCCAGCAACUCCUCCGAGCGGCUGCUCGCGGGCAUCCUGGAGAGCUUUCCCGCCUGGGACCUCAACGUGGGACUGCUGCCCAAUGUGGGUCAGAGCUCACCACCACGCACGGACUUCUUCAUCAACAACUUCUUGGGCGGCCUGGAUUCGCAUGUGGACUUUAGCAUCGGACCCAUUGGCACCGGUGCACGCAGCAAUCCCAAGAUGUCGCCAGAGUCCUCGAACAAUUCGAGCAUCAGCUGCGGCUGGUGCGAGGUGAGCGCCUCCAUACGCUGCCUGGAGUGCAACGAGUUCAUGUGCAACGACUGCCUGAGGGAGCACCGCAACAGUCCGCUGUCCUCGAACCAUUCGAUCGUCUCCCUGCCCACGCCCAUUGGAGCCUCGCCCACCGGUGGCAGCUCCGUGAAUGCACACACUCCGCCCAGCGGCAAUUUCAUCUGCGACAUACACAACGAGAUGCUGCGCUAUGUGUGCGACUAUUGCCGCAAACUGGUGUGCCAGUGCUGCACGCUGCACGAGCACAAGGAGCACAGCUACGCCUCCAUCCAGAGCUUCAUGGUGGGCUCGAAGGACAAGCUGGUGGGCGCCAUCGAGAGCAGCCAGGUGGGCACGCGCUGCAUUAAGAGCAGCAUUGACAAGGCGCUGGCCUUCAUCCGGCUGAUCGAGCGCAACUGCAGCGAGCUGAGCGAUAAUAUACGCAAGGCGUUCCGUCAGUUUAUCAUUGCCAUUGAGGACCGCGAGCGUUUCCUCCUGGACUUUGUGGAAAAGCUACGCCAGCGUCGUCUGGCCAUUCUGCACGAUCAGAUGGCCGGCUUGAAGUCUGCCCUCGCCGGUCUCUCCGAGACCUCCGAUAUGCUGAGCAAGGUGGCGGACAAUGCCUGCACCAUGGACCAGAUCGAAAUUGCCAUGAAGUUGACCAAUGGACAGCGCCAGAUGGAGCAGUUUGCGGGCAUCUACAAGGACCUGCAGCCCAAACAGGAGGUCUUUGCCUUCGCCCCACCGGACUACAGCCUGCUACAGGAUAUCCGCAACCAGGGUGGCGUUAUCCUGGUGGACGACAAGAACAUGCCCAUCGUCUCGAGCAGCAACGGCAUUGUGCCGAGUGUCUCCAGUGUGAGCGCCGUGGCCGCCGCCUCCGUGGGCGUUGGUGUGGGAGGCGUUGGCGGUGGAGUUGGAGUCGGAGUGUCCAACGGCAUGGACAUGGCCUUUGGCAUGAACAUGGCCAGCAAUCCGCUGAGUGUGGCCUCCUCGAGUGUUCGUCGUCCGCUGCUGCGCGACAAUAGUUUCCGCAUCCCAUCGCCCAUCAUGCAGCCGCGCGGAGGAAGUGCCUGCGGAAUGUCGAGUGGCAUGUCCAGCGCAGCACUGGAUUGGGAACUCAACGGACUGCGCAGCUCGCCGGGACUGCACUUCAGUGCUCCACGAACCACACAGGCAAUUCCAGGUUGCAUGGAUCUGGUUAAGGUGCGGAACUCCAACUCACUCUCGCUGUCCUUCGCCACCGAGGGACAUGAAGACGGACAGGUGAGCCGGCCGUGGGGCCUGUGCGUGGAUAAAAUGGGCCAUGUGCUCGUGUCGGAUCGCCGCAACAAUCGCGUUCAGGUCUUCAAUCCCGACGGCUCGCUGAAGUUCAAGUUUGGCCGCAAGGGCGUGGGCAACGGAGAGUUCGACCUGCCCGCUGGCAUUUGUGUGGACGUGGAUAAUCGCAUUAUUGUCGUGGACAAGGACAACCAUCGUGUGCAGAUUUUCACCGCCAGCGGCGUCUUUCUGCUCAAGUUCGGCAGCUACGGCAAGGAGUACGGCCAGUUCCAGUAUCCCUGGGAUGUGGCCGUCAACUCGCGCCGCCAAAUUGUGGUCACCGACUCGCGCAAUCAUCGCAUCCAACAGUUCGACUCCGAGGGUCGCUUCAUCCGCCAGAUAGUGUUCGACAACCAUGGCCAAACCAAAGGCAUCGCCUCGCCACGAGGCGUUUGCUACACGCCCACGGGCAACAUCAUAGUGUCUGACUUUGACAACCACUGCCUCUACCUGAUUGAUCCAGACAUCAACGAUAUUCUCUCCGUGAAGGGACACGAGGGCUCGGGCUUCCAUGAGUUCAAUCGGCCCUCGGGCCUGUGCUGUGACGACGAGGGCCGCAUUAUAGUGGCCGAUUCUAAGAAUCAACGCAUCCUGGUCUUCAACCAAAACCUGGACUUUAUGUGGGAUAUUGAGGUGCGACCCUCUAUCAAUCCUUUGAUGCCGCCCACGCUGGACGAGAAGGAUCGCACCUGCGAUGUGGCUAUAAUGCCAGACGGUCGCAUUGUUUUCCUCAUCGAACUGUCGCCAGACUCCAAGGAAGGGUCUAACCCUUACAAGCGGUUUGUGCACGUAUUCUAAAUCAGGCUACGAGUGCCGAUCUUUUUUAGACCAUUUACAAGAGCUAAACGUUAGCGUAGGGAAGAGAUCCAAAAUAACAGAACGAUAGAGAGAAACGGGUGCCGAAAUAAGGGAAAAUCAGAAUUGAGUGCAUGGAAAUUAGCGAAAAUUUUUAGCUUAAGUGCUACAACGAUUACCUCGAUAAUGCUUAAGAGUUAUGGUUACGAUUUGGUAAUUUACAAUACAAUACGAAUUACACAUAUGUAUCUAUGGAUAUCUAUAUCUAUACGCAUAUGCAUAUAUCUAGCGAAUAUACAAGCCCAACCAACCAACUAGAACUAAAACUAAAACGGAAACUAAGGCGGAAGACAGUUGAGUAGGAUUUAGAAGAUAUAUAUAUAGACGUAGGGUCCGAGAGCAUUCAGUAGAGUUACCGAACCUAGUAAAAGAUAAAGCAAAGAGGGCAACUCAACCAUUUACUAGAUGAAAAUAUUAUUACCUGUUAGUUAGACUGAAAGGCAGUUUGCUAGCUGAUAGAACGAGGUGUAAGGAAGGUAAGAAGGUGGGGAUUGCGUUUUUUAUGGGGUUGCUUAGCGGAAUGAGGAAACUACUUUCGACAAGAGUUACUAAACAUGAUUUGCAGAGACACUGUGGAAUGGUAUUAAUGUUUGUAUUAUAUUCUUAAUUUGUUUGUUUAGUUCCGUAUUACGUUUAUUUUAAAAUUAAUUUUUUUGGGACAUAUUUUUAAUGAUUUUCUUAUAAUUGAGACUGAGUAUGUGAGAACACGAACUUUGUAAAAGGAAGCAAAGCAAAACAAAGAAACAAACAAAAAACAAGAAAAUAUUGAAGAAACCCGCUGACUUUUGGUUGAACUUUUAACAAAGACUGAUUAACUAAACCGCAAUUUCGGAGCCAACUAAAGAACCAUAUAUGGUGAGGCCAAAAAAAGUGAAAAAACCAACACACUCAAAUUGCAAUGACAUUGAUACCGUAAAGUAACUUAACAUAGCUUAACACACAUACUUUCAUACAUAUAGCGAUACAGAUAUCAUAUAUAGAUCCAAUCAUCCGAAUCAUCAUGGGCAUAGCUUAAACCGAGUUUAACUGACAUUCACCGACAUCCACACCCAUUCAUUCGUUCGUUCAUACCGAUCAUGCAUCACAGGACUUUGGUUUGUGUCGCUACUUUGUAAUUAAUUGUGAAAAGGAUUUACCCACAGGAUACACAGCAGGUUGAAAGGAGGGGUUAGCUAAAAAUGAGGGUAGGAGAGUUGGGGGGAGUUAAACGAACAAACCUAAAAACAAAAUAACGAAAAAAUUAUCAUAAUUUUUGACUCAAUGUGUUCAUUAGCAUUUAGUAGAUUUAGCGGGCGUGGCAUAGUGAAAACGUAUGGAAAAUCCAGAGCAAUAUAUGGGCGUAUUGAAUACACAUUUAGGUGACAUGUUCCUCGCAAAAGAAACAAAUAAAAGAAAAGAAACUUAAUGAAAUCAUGGGCAACGCAUGAAUUAGCUGAAUUAUCUGUCUAGAGUUUGAACGAUUUUUAAUAGCAAAUGUAUACACACAACACAUAUAUAGAGCCAACUAGGACCGAUUCUAGGCUAAAGACCAGGCGUAAAUUGUAAAAUGUAUUAGCAAACUUAGUUACUUAGUUUACAUUCUGUUCUUACUGUUUUGAGACGUUCUAUUCUUUGUACUUGUGUUCAAACCCGACUUCAACGGAUCGACAGCGAGAUGGUACAUAGCUAACACUCCUUCCACGAAUAAAGCAACAUUGCAUAAAAUGCGCAAACAAA